CAAGAGGAGGGAGGGAGAACAGGGGAAGGGAGGAGGAGGAGGAGGCACUUGGGCUGCAGCUCGCAAACAGAGACAGUUUCUCUCUCUCAGCUUUGGGAGAGACGGGGAGCGGCUGCCGCGGAGUAAGAUGCUUUGCGGCGCGUCCUGAGCCUGGGGGCGCUUGUGGCAGCUUCGUUGGCCGGGGCAACGGGGCAGCAUUCACCAUGCAUCAGUCCCUGACUCAGCAGCGGUCCAGCGACAUGUCCCUGCCUGAUUCUAUGGGAGCCUUCAAUCGGAGGAAACGAAACUCCAUCUAUGUCACCGUGACUUUGCUUAUUGUGUCCGUGUUAAUUCUCACAGUGGGACUUGCUGCAACCACCAGGACCCAGAAUGUGACUGUUGGAGGUUAUUACCCUGGAGUUAUUCUCGGCUUUGGAUCAUUCCUUGGAAUCAUUGGAUCCAACCUUAUUGAAAACAAACGGCAAAUGCUGGUGGCUUCAAUCGUCUUUAUCAGCUUUGGUGUGAUUGCAGCCUUUUGUUGUGCCAUAGUUGAUGGGGUCUUUGCUGCCAGACACAUUGAUCUGAAACCACUCUACGCUAACCGAUGCCACUAUGUUCCUAAGACAUCCCAGAAGGAAGCUGAGGAGGUCAUAAGUUCCUCAACCAAAAAUUCUCCUUCUGCGAGGGUUAUGAGGAACCUUACCCAGGCAGCUAGAGAGGUGAACUGCCCUCAUCUCAACCGUGAAUUCUGCACACCUCGAAUCCGGGGCAACACCUGCUUCUGCUGUGACCUCUACAACUGUGGCAACCGGGUGGAAAUCACUGGUGGGUACUAUGAAUACAUCGAUGUCAGCAGUUGCCAGGACAUCAUCCACCUCUACCACCUGCUCUGGUCUGCCACCAUUCUCAACAUCGUCGGCCUGUUCCUGGGCAUCAUCACUGCUGCUGUUCUUGGAGGCUUUAAGGACAUGAAUCCAACUCUCCCAGUGCUGAACUGUUCUGUUGAGAAUGCUCAUCCAACUGUUUCCUACUAUGCUCGUCCUCAAGUGGCAUCCUACAAUACUUACUACCAUAGCCCUCCUCACCUGCCACCGUAUUCUGCUUAUGACUUUCAGCAUUCUGGUGUCUUUCCAUCCUCCCCUCCUUCUGGACUUUCUGAUGAGCCCCAGUCUGCCUCUCCUUCACCCAGCUACAUGUGGUCCUCCAGUGCACCACCCCGUUACUCUCCACCCUACUACCCGCCUUUUGAAAAGCCACCACCUUACAGUCCCUAAAGAGGAAUGCCUGCUGGCUAUUGGAAUUGUUGUAGCUUUUGUAUUUCUGCUUUAGUGGAAGUGUUUAGGGUACACAAUUUAAAGUGUGAUUAUUACGCAGUUUUGAGUCUUACAAUGGCCUGCCAGGCUAGGGAAAGAUAGGAAUGAAGCUUAUUCAUUAUCAGUGCAGAGCAGGGGUGGCUACACUGAACCCGGGACUUCCAAGAGGAACACUGCACAUGCUCUAAGCAAGGCUGGGGAUCCAGCCCAGCAAAAGCUUAUCAUGUUUGGACAUGCAUUACUUUAUGGCUCUGCUUCUGUAUUCGGAAGUGUGGUUGCCAUCUGUUUCAUUUGGUGUAAAUUGAGUGUUGUCCUCAGGCCCUUAGCAGAUUGCUACCCUAGCACCUCAGUUGAAGUACCUGGCUUAUAAGCUCUAUCUUUCCCUACCACUAAAGUCAGUUCCUAAGGAAAAUUUUCCCAGAUGAUGGGGCUGCAUAGUAGUUCCAAUGCAGAGAGCCCUGACAAGGAUUUUGUUUGCUUGUAUCUGAAUGUUGGAAAAAGCUGUCCCCAUCUCUUACUCCUUUCUUCUCUAUGAGUAUUGUAAAAGUUGCUGUCGUGAUUAUUCAGCUUGACUUUUGUUAUUGGUACCUCCCAAAGGGAAAAGUGCAAUAUUCCCUCAAGUAGUGGGAAACAGGGUUGAUUGUUCCAGAAGCAUUGGAAUACAUAGAGAGCAACACUUGACAUGUUUUAAGUAGAUCUGUUAUACAUCUGAUAACUUAUGAGACAGUGGUUCUACUACAUGUUGCAGUAUUACAAAAAUACAUUUGCUACAGACAUAAAUCUUAUAGUUAAAAUUCAGAGUUUAAAAUGCUAGAUUAGGUUCUUGGGUCGUGACAUGAAUUGUUACUAAUCUUUGUGACUAUUUAAUCUUCAAAUAUUGUGCUUCAACCCCAGCGAACCGCACGUAUCUUGCACCCUUCCCCAAAAGAAUCAUCUGUGUUUUAAUGCCACUGCUCUUAUUGGUCCCUUUUCCUGCUGAGACUAAUCAUGACAGUGUUCAAGAUUAUGGAAGUGUUACAAUGCUGCUUUAAAUCUGCAAAACCUCAAAUGUAGCCAACUUGACAACUUCUUAAGUGUUAUCGUAGAUUUAAAAUCCAUCUGGCACAUUGUGGUACACAUUUGUACACUUAUUUUAAUUAGACAUGGCUUUAAACCAUCAACUUGAUGGAUUUAACAUUUUGGCACACAUGCCUUCACUUCAAAAUGAACACUUUCAUUGCAAUCUUUUGUUACCCCAAUGAUUGAUUUAAAGAUUGAUAACCCUACAAUCGUAUCAUGUCAAAAUACAGGGGCUAUAGGAGGGUACCUAAUUAGACAGUUCUGCAAACAGAACACAUACUGGAAAAUUUUCCAGCCCAUCUUGCUACCUCCCAACUCUGAUUAGAGGUAGCAGGCAAAUGCUGGUGCUCCCAUCUACCUUGUAGACAUCCAGCCAUCAAGAAUUAUCAAGGUACAACAAGUGCACUCACUGUUCACAGUAAACGUUUGCAAGACAUUCAGUUUAACUUUCAGCAUCAUGAAUGAUGUCUCAUCCAGAUUUCAAAUCUAAAAAACUAUAAUCCAGUUAGGUAAAGUUACUAUUAUUUUCUAUAGUUCUGAGCAUAUUAAAAUUCUAUUGGAUUUCAAAAAAGGACUAAUAACCAAUUGACUUACAAGACAAAUGUCAACUUGUAAUACUCAAUGAAAUUUUGUGCUGUUUACACUUUACCUUUUGCUUUAGUGACUGUGUACGACUAUUAAUUUUUUAAAAGGCACCAUUACACAGUAUGUAUAUCCUACAUUUAUCACAUUUCUUAGUGUUAAGAUUCUAUGACUCAUUUCUAUGUAUUUUUCUUACUUUACAAAAUAACUUGAAACAGUACAGAUUUUGUAACACUUAAUUUGAGCAGCUUUUUUUAUUACAUUGAAUUAUAUGAAGUGCAUGUUACCUUAGAAAAAUUAAUAUUUGCUGCUUUACUCUUUUGCAAAACAUUUGCUGUAAUGAAGGAAUUUGUAUUUCCAGUAUGUACCUUGACUGCAUUUUGUAAUAUUUACUGCUUUAUUUUUAAUUCUGCUUUAAAGUAAUGAACUGGGCAUGAAACGUUCAAAUAUUAAUCCAGAAUCUAUAUAAACUGGAUGUUGCUUAAAAUCUUUAUCACUGCCAUGUUGGAAACCAAGACUGCUUUUGUGAUGUUUCAAAUUAAUAAAACUAUCCUCCUCCUUAUCUA